AUGGAGCUGUCAAAAGAAAAGAUGCAGAAUAAUGAUUUUACAGGAGCAAGGAAGAUGACUCAAACAGCUCAAUGCCUCUUCCCUCAGCUUCAGAACAUUUCUCAGGUACUAACAGUUUGUGAGGUUCACUGUUCAGCAGAAAACAAGAUAGGUGGAUACCAAAUGGACUGUUAUGGAAUUCUUCAGGUUCACCAAUCUGAUAAAGGUGAAAGCAUUAAGAAACAAUACAGAAAACUAGCCCUAUUACUUCAUCCUGAUAAGAAUAAAUAUGCUGCUGCUGAGACUGUUUUUAAGCUGAUUUCGGAAGCAAACAGCGUGCUGGAGAACCAAACAAAUGUUCCAAGUAUGACAAGAAGUAUAGAAAAGCUCUUGCAAAAGCUGGUAGAACUAAUAAUUGCAAAAGCUCUAACAAAAGAAGUGCUGGUGGCUUCCCUAGAGAUCAAAACAUCCAAAAAAUUAUAG